GUGUCGGGAAGCGCGGCGUCCAGUGAGUCGAGCGGUCAUAUCCCCGCGGCUUGCGUCGCAGGUCAGUCCGUUCUGCGAGUGCUGGUGGUGCGGCGUGGCAGGCCCGCCAUGGGCCUGGUGACGGAGCUGCUGGUGGUGGCCGUCGUGGCUACACUGGUGGCGCGGUUCCUCUUGCAGUACCUCCGCUUCCGGAAGAUGGAACUAGCGAUCCCUGGACCGCCCUCGCUGCCGCUGCUGGGCAACGCCGUGGACUUCCUGACCGCCACGCCGGACUCGGCCAUGCGCACGGUGCUACGACUCAUCGGCGACCGCCGCGGACUCUGCCGCUUCUCCAUCAUGAACCACCUGCUGGUGGCCGUCAGCAGCCCGGACGACAUCCAGCACCUCGUGCGCCGCGCCGAGUUCAACGACAAGUCCCACUUCUUCUACGACUUCCUCGACAACCCGAGGGGCCUCCUGCAGCUCCGCGGCGCGGACGCCAAGCUGCGCCGCCGCUUGCUGGAGCCGGGCUUCAACAAGAACGUGCUCAACAGGUUCGUGGGGAUCUUCGUGGACGGCGCCAAGGGCUUCGUGUCGCGCGUGGCCGUGGACGAGGCGGUCGACGUGCUGCAGCCGCUGCGCCACGCGGCCGCCAGGAACUUCCUGCGCACCGCCAUCAGCGCCGACAUCUCGCAGACGGAGGCCGAGGUGAUGCCCGUCGUCGACUUCUUCGAGGAGUUCCACCGCUCCGUCAACCAGCGCUCCGUCAACCCGCUGCUGUGGUCGGACGGCCUGUUCCGCUUGACACCGUUCGGCAGGAAGAUGGCGCGGAUGAGGCGCUCCAUCGAGACGCUCUUGAGGAAGUGCAUCGCGAUGAAGCGGAAGGAAGUGGAGGCUCUGCGGGGGUCGAAGCACGCGCAGCAGAGGACCAUCGCGGACAUCUUGCUGGACCUGCACGACCGGGCUGAGAUCCCGGAGCAGGACUUCCUGGACGAGAUCAAGACCUUCUUCGGCGCCAACGUGGAGACGACGGUCUCCGCGCUGAGCUGGGCCCUCAAGGUGCUGUCGAUUCUGCCCCGAGUGCAGGAGCGCGUCCACGCCGAGGUGGUCGCCGUCCUCGGGGACAGAGACGUCACCGCCGAGGACCUGCCCCAGCUCAAGUACCUGGAGCGCGUCGUCAAGGAGGUGCUGCGCAUGUUCCCGCCCAUCCCGUUCACGGCGCGCCAGUGCCACCGGCGGACCAGGCUGUGCGGCCACACCGUCCCGGCGCACUCCACCGUCAUCCUCAACAUCCACGGCGCGCACUUCGACCCCGAGCACUGGCGCGAGCCGCGGCGCUUCGAGCCGGACCGCUUCCUGCCCGAGAACAGCCAGGGCCGCCACCACUGCGCCUUCAUCCCCUUCAGUGUAGGCGCCAGGAACUGCAUCGGCGGCUUGUACGCCAUGAUGGCCUUGACCGCCUUCCUCGCCACCACGGUCAGGGCCUUCCGGGUGCUGCCCGCCGACGGCCACCGCGACCUGCAGAGCCUCGCCGACAACAUGGCCUUCGACUUGACGUCCAGGCUCGUGGGCGGAACCAGGGUUCGGUUUCAGCCCAGACACGUUUCGGGCACGGGCGGACAAACAUAAGGACAGUUCACUCUGAAGACCUUACGAACUAUCUUGGGCUUUACAACACGGUAAAAACGGUACCUGGUUUUCCCAGGAAGCCUAUGGUAGAGACAUAGGCGGAAAACCACGAACCGUUUUUACCGUGAAACUAACGCAGCUUCUUGUAACCCAGCAUUUUGGGCGUACAUAGGCUUACGGACAAAUUCUUCGUAUCAGAAACGAAAUAAUUUGUACCGUGCUCAAAUUACUUCGUAAGUUUUUCAGCGUGAUAACUUUCACGUUUUCGGCGGUAUCUCUAUGACGGUACGAAUAGGGUCAGAUAGGGUGAUUUCGGGACAGCUCUUUCCUGGGUAAAGUUUAAUAUUUUUGAACUCAUUCCAUGCCGAACAAAUGUUGUGUUUGUAUUACACGGCGUAAGUUUUAAAUUUUCGAACUAUUUGAAUGAAGCAGCUGUCCCACUUUAACCCCGUGACCUAAUCUUAGCGUCAACUGACCCUUGUUGCAACUAUAAGGGCUUGACUGAAAAGCUGUAGUUCCACUGAGUAUAAGUAGUUUUAGGGCCAAAUUUAGGGCCCAAAGACUGGUUUGAUUUUUCUGGAUCAUAUUAUUACUAAAAACUUUAUGCAUCUUAAGGUUUUUUCCAAAGCUUUAGAGGUAGCGAUUACUCAUACCGUUCAAGAAAUAUUGCCGAUAAGGUAAAAAUAUUUUUCGAUGCAUCGAAAAUACAUGUGUUUGCGCGAACACCCUGACCAGAAAGAAUUCUAACUGAUUAAGUUCUGUGUUGCAACCCGGAUUACAUUUGAGGGCUUCAAGCGGCAAUGGAGUACGAUGCUACUAAGACCAGAAACUUGACA